CUCCCCCCUUCUCUUCAUAUAGACCGGCCCAAAGCCAAGUGGAAAGUCAACACACUGAUGGCGAGUUUUGUUCGAGUGUUGUUGCGGUACAAACGUCCAUCUUCUCUUGUCAUCCGCUCAUCUAUUACCACACGACAUUACGCUGCAAUGUCGGGAUUACUCAUUGAAGACCCAAAGUUUGCUUGGCUUAAAGAACUUGGAUUAUCUGCGCAAAACAAGGGUGUAUAUUACGGUGUUUGGGGAGGCGAGGGUGAGGAAACAACGUCCUAUUGUCCUGCAAAUAAUCAGCCAAUAGCAAAAGUCAUUCAGGGAAGUCCUGCUGACUAUGAGAAGGCAAUCACUGCAACCAAAGAAGCGUGGAAAGUAUGGGCAGAUGUUCCUGGUCCAAAGAGGGGGGAGAUAGUGAGGCAGAUUGGAGAGGCAUUCCGCAAAAACAUCAACCUCCUGGGAAAGUUGUUGGCGAUGGAGAUGGGGAAGAUCGUGCCGGAGGGGGUGGGAGAAGUGCAGGAAUAUAUCGACAUCGCUGACUAUGCCGUCGGACUCUCUCGCAUGUUUGCUGGGCAUGUCUUUCCAUCAGAACGUCCUGGACACAUGCUCAUCGAGCAGUGGAACCCACUAGGGGUCAUCGGGGUCAUCACCGCCUUCAACUUCCCCUGUGCCGUGUAUGGCUGGAACUCGUGCCUCGCCCUCGUCACGGGAAACACUGUGCUGUGGAAAGGCGCUCCGACCACCCCACUGACGAGUGUAGCUAUGACCAGGAUUGUAUCUAAGGUGUUAGAGGACAACAACAUCCCGGGGUCAGUGUGCUCCUUGGUCUGUGGUGGUGCUGAUAUCGGGACCCUGAUAGCCAAAGACGAGAGAGUGAACCUGGUGUCUUUCACUGGCAGCACACCUAUUGGUCAGAAGGUGUCACUGAUGGUCCAGGAGAGAUUUGGCAAGUUUUUAUUGGAGCUUGGUGGAAACAAUGCAAUAAUAGUUGAUGAGGAUGCUGAUCUGGAGAUGGUUGUGAGGGCAGGAGUGUUCGCCUGUGCCGGGACUGCAGGUCAGAGAUGUACCACAACACGCCGCCUGAUUCUCCAUGAGAAGGUGCACGACCAGGUAGUCGAAAGGCUGGUCAAGGCGUAUGGUCAGCUGAGGAUAGGGGACCCCCUCGAUGAUGGAGUGUUGUACGGGCCAUUGCACAGUAAGCAGGGCGUGGCCCAGUACAAGCAGGCAGUGUCUGAUGCAGUGGCACAGGGAGGCAAGAUAGAGUAUGGAGGCAAGGUGAUUGACCGUCCAGGGAACUUUGUGGAACCAACUAUCAUCAGUGGCCUUGCCCAUGAUGCUGCAGUCGUUCAACGCGAAACUUUUGCCCCCAUUGUGUACGCUCUCAAGUGUAAGAGUUUUGAGGAGGCUGUUGAACUUAACAAUGAAGUGAAACAAGGACUCACCAGCAGCUUGUUCACGAGGAACCCGAACAAGAUCUUCCGGUGGAUUGGGCCUAAAGGAUCUGAUUGUGGCGUAGUCAAUGUGAACAUUCCUACCAGUGGGGCAGAAAUAGGAGGAGCUUUUGGUGGAGAGAAGCACACCGGCGGUGGGCGUGAGUCUGGCAGUGACGCUUGGAAACAGUACAUGCGGAGAUCAACAUGUACCAUCAACUACAGCACCGAGUUGCCGUUAGCUCAGGGAAUCAAGUUUGAAUAAACACAGACAAUACUCAGACAGGCUUUGCCAGCUGGGGGAAUGACGUUGCAAGCUCCAGGUGAUCCUCCACUGUAUACUACAAGUUGUGCCAAGUCGUCAAGCAUCUUAAACACCUGUAAUUUGACGUGAUGUGAAGACUGAUCUGUGUUUCAGUAUUAACUUUUAUUUGGUAUGUUGGGCUAAAAAGAAUAAUAAUCUUGGUUCUCAGGCAAUGCCCUCAUCAUCAUUUAGUCCGCUGCAUGUUGGGUUUUUAUUUCCUAAUACAUAAAAACAAUGCGAACUUACUUCCCUUUACAUGCGCACUGCUUUUACUGCUGAUCUCAUGUUAUGUUUGUGGCGGCAAAAGGAGUUUGUAUACUUGUGUAUGUAGGGAGGCCCUUUCCCAGGUUGAUGGUACACAACUGUUUAUACUAGUUUGAACAAGAUAAAAUAAAACAACCUGUGCCCCCCGCACUAUAUUUUCAAAAGUCAUUGCCUGAGAAUCAAUUUUUUAUAUUUUUUAAAGCCUUAACAGUAUUGUUUAUUUUGAGAUCUUUUAGCAUUUACUGCUAGUGCUAGUCUGAGAGUUUUUAUCCUAACAAAAUUAUUGGUUCCAGUUAUUGCUGUUAAAGAAAGACAGGAUAGGAAAUUGUCAUUUGGAAUACCGUAUUCAACGUAAUAAGCGCCCCGCUCUAAUAAGCGCCCACGGCGACAUUUGCUAAGAUAUUGGCUAGUGAACAAUCCCAAUUAGCACCCCUUCCGAUUGAUGAAUGUACGGAAGACUUA